AGCGUCGCUAGGAAGUGAAUAGUGCGAUGAGUUCGCGGCAAAAAAAUAGGUUUUUGAGGCAAUCUACGGCGAAAGUUUACGAAUACCGGGAACGGGAGUACAGUUUAUCUGUCAGAAGAAGGGAGUAAAGUUGUCUAUUUUAUCACAAUUAUGCGUCGUCGAGUACUAGCUAGCUCAUUCACAUCUCGUGGCAUGAGAGAUAAAACAAGAUUAAGUUAGCAAGCUAGCUAGCCAGCAGCUAGCUAGCUUAGUAGUCAUAGUCAAUUACGCACCCCAGCUGGGCAGCAGAAGGUGGUUGACAGUUGAAGAAUAACACUACCCUAAUCUGCUCAUAUGGGUUGGGGACCUGGGUGGUAGCUCUGCUUGCUUCCACAGCCAGGUUGUUCUGACACAAACAUGGGGAAACUUCAGAGCAAGUUCCGAAGGUCGCGCUCUGAACUGUACAGGGCGACCAAAGGCGAUGGCGAGGAUGCUGCUGUUAGUCAGGUGAUACAGUAUGAACCCGCCCACCGUGAUGCCGUCAACUGUGUCACCAACCUGACCUCAGACCUCUGUGUGUCUGGAGGAGGUGACAUGGCAGUGGUUGUGUAUGACUGGAGAGGAGGGAAGUUAUGCCAGUCAUUCCAAGGUCACAAUAGAGAGGUUACCAAGGUGGAGUGUUUUCCUGGAAGCACUUGGAUCUUUAGUGCGUCUCGAGACAAGAGUGUUAUGAUGUGGGAUCUCAACCAGGGGGACGAGCCCAUCCAGGAGUUCUGUGGCCAUGAGCUGGUGGUCAACGGGCUGGCCGUCAGUCCAGAUGGGUCGAGGCUGUGCACUGGUUCCCGUGACAACUCCAUGUGCCUCUGGGACAUUGAGUCUGGCGAGCGUGUGCAUAAGAACACAGUCUCCAGAAACCUGGUUACUCAUGUGUGCUGGGUACCUGAGAGCAGCUCCAUUGUUCAGACAUCCGAGGAUAAAACCAUCAGGGUGUGGGACAGUCGUACCUGGCAGGUCACUAACACGUUCCCAGCCAAGCAAUACAUCCAGACACACUGUGACAUCAGCGCCAACGGUAACCACCUCCUGUCCAGCAGCAAUGGCUUCGGAGGCCAAGGCUGUGAGGCUACGCUUUGGGACCUCAGGCAGCCUGGCUGUAAGGUGGUGGAGUACCGGGGUCAUCGCGAGACCACCGCUUGCUGUGUGUUCUUGCCCUCCAGCCCCGGGGGCCCUGCGCUCGUAGCGUCCUCCUCUCAUGACUGCUCAGUCAAAAUCUGGGAUCAAAACACUGCAGCCUGUCUGACCACUCUGACCCUGGAUGGAUCAGGUCCUUUGGUGUCUUUGGCCCCAAGUGACUCCAGCAGUCUGCUGUGUGCCAGCUUUAACACAGGGCUCCACAUACUCCACCAUCACAAGGAUGGGCUGGACCUAAAGGAGGUGGCGCGCUUCUGAUGAGGGCACAGGACCGGUGCCGGCACGGUAACCCGAAACCCCCUUACACUGUGGGCCACACAGACCUCCAAGCCAGCGGGGCACUUUAAGUCAGAGGGACCUGAUCAGGAGACACCAUCCCUGGGUCAACUGAUGGGAGAAGACCCCUGCGAGUCAUUCUAAAUCAGGGCGAGCCCUAGACAUUGUACUCAGAGCAUCAGGCGAGGCCCAACUGCUUCGGGACAACAGAAAUGUUUUGGAUGUUUGGAGACUACGUGGAUAGUGAUAGCUUUAGCACGUACAAUUAGCCAAAUUUAAGUAGACAAUUGUGGAAUCAUUAAUCAGAUAGUUUAGGAAAAACUGUAACCACUAUAAAAUAGAGCGGGCAGAUAAAUCAUGAAUCGUUUAGAGCAGGGGUGUAUUCACUAGGAACCAAACGGGCCUGAAACGUGAAGGGACUUAAUCCUGAACUUGUCCAAUAAGAGCAAAUGUUCAUUGCAAAAUAUUCAGUUGCAAAAAUGCAUUUUGCUUCGGUGUGCACUAAUGAAUACACCCCAGUCGUGUCCAAACUCUAAUAAAGUGUCUCCUUCAGACCGGACGAGGGUGAAACUUUACAGGUGGAGAGUGACAGUUUAUUUGAAAUGGCUUCACGACCCCAUUUUUAAUAAUAUAAUAAACUUACCACAUUUUAUCAGCUGCUUUUAUCCAAAGUGAUGACUUAGUCAUGCGUGCAUAUAUUUUUUUACGUAUGAGUGGUGCCGGGAAUCGAACUCACUAUCCUGGUGUAGCAAGCGCCAUACUCUACCAACUGAGCUACAGCGCAACUCGGCAGUGCGAAUGUCGACCCAGGUUGUGAUACUCGACUUCUGUGACAUACUCCGUUAUUACGCUGGCAAAAAUUGGAACUUAUGGAAUGCAAUCUAUUUGUAUUAAACUGACUGAGAUACUGCCACACUGUAGGUCAGCGUUUGCCAAACGAGGGGUCGCGACCCCCUAAUGGGGUCACCAGUUUUGAAAAUAGGGGUCUCGAGAGAAACUCUGAAAUAAAAUGUUACAUUUGCGCUUGGUUAAUAGAGGCGGGAUUACAUCAGUAACCUCCGGUAGUCGCUAGAUACGGUUGUAAUAAACAGAGCGGUUCGGUUUUCUUCCUACAAAUGUGGCUCCAUCUUUCAAAUGGUUUAAGCUACAAAAUAUUAUGACCCCCCCCCCCAUCACUGAUUGAUAAGACUCUAAGGAACACGUGUGUCUUCCCUUCUGCAAUGCCCACAAGCAGAACUCAUUAGAACAGCGUGGACAAGACCAAGCACUGGGGGGGGGGAGAAAUAACAUCAAUGACGAUGUAACUUUCUUCACAGAAAAACAUACAGUAUAAAAUCAUUGGCUGAUGAUCUUCUGAACUUCCCAAUGCAUUUCAAAACAUAUGCCCUUCAGAUUGAAAUACUGUCAAAAGUACUGCCAGACUGAUUUGUAAUAGACUGUCAAAGCAUAAAUUUUACAAAGUUAACCAUGGCUGUUGAUUUAACUUUAUUUUUUUUUUAUUUAUUUUUUUUAUAUUGGGGUCGUGAAAACAUUUUUCAUAUCCAAGUGGGAUCGCGGGUCAAAACAGUUUGGGAAUCCCUGCUGUAGAUAGUUACCUCUGAGGAAUUGGAAUAGGCACGGAGAAGACACUAUACCAACACAUCACGAAAGGGCUUUAGCUACAGGAGUUAACUCGCCAGUCACAUGGCUAACACAUUCUGAUGGGAACACAUCCCAUACAGUUUCAAGUUUUAAUGUCAUGUGCACAAGUACAGUGAAAUGCCUUUUCUUUCAAGCUCCAAAUGUAGCACACAAAAAAAAGAACACAAGGUAGAACAAAAAUAGAAAAUAACAAGAACAAAGUAAGAAGCUACAGUGGGGCAAAAAAAGUAUUUAGUCAGCCACCAAUUGUGCAAGUUCUCCCACUUAAAAGAUGAGAGGCCUGUAAUUUUCAUCAUAGGUACACUUCGACUAUGACAGACAAAAUGAGAGAAAAAAAUCCAGAAAAUCACAUUGUAGGAUUUUUAAUGAAUUUAUUUGCAAAUUAUGGUGGAAAAUAAGUAUUUGGUCACCUACAAACAAGCAAGAUUUCUGGGUCUCACAGACCUGUAACUUCUUCUUUAAGAGGCUCCUCUGUCCUCCACUCAUUACCUGUAUUAAUGGCACCUGUUUGAACUUGUUAUCAGCAUAAAAGACACCUGUCCACAACCUGUCCACAACCUCAAACAGUCACACUCCAAAAUCCACUAUGGCCAAGACCAAAGAGCUGUCAAAGGACACCAGAAACAAAAUUGUAGACCUGCACCAGGCUGGGAAAACUGAAUCUGCAAUAGGUAAGCAGCUUGGUUUGAAGAAAUCAACUGUGGGAGCAAUUAUUAGGAAAUGGAAGACAUACAAGACCAGACAUACAAGACCACUGAUCAUCUCCCUCGAUCUGGGGCUCCACGCAAGAUCUCACCCCGUGGGGUUAAAAUGAUCACAAGAACGGUGAGCAAAAACACCUAGUGAAUGACCUGCAGAGAGCUGGAACCAAAGUAACAAAGCCUACCAUCAGUAACACACUACGCCGCCAGGGACUCAAAUCCUGCAGUGCCAGACGUGUCCCCCUGGUUAAGCCAGUACAUGUCCAGGCCCGUCUGAAGUUUGCUAGAGAGCAUUUGGAUGAUCCAGAAGAAGAUUGGGAGAAUGUCAUAUGGUCAGAUGAAACCAAAAUAUAACUUUUUGGUAAACUCAACUCGUAGUGUUUGGAGAACAAAGAAUGCUGAUUUGUAUCCAAAGAACACCAUACCUACUGUGAAACAUUGGGGUGGAAACAUCAUGCUUUGGGGCUGUUUUUCUGCAAAGGGACCAGGACGACUGAUCCGUGUAAAGGAAAGAAUGAAUGGGGCUAUGUAUCGUGAGAUUUUGAGUGAAAACCUCCUUCCAUCAGCAAGGGCACUGAAGAUGAAACGUGGCUGGGUCUUUCAGCAUGACAAUGAUCCCAAACACACCGCCCGGGCAACGAAGGAGUGGCUUCAUAAGAAGCAUUAAGGUCCUGGAGUGGCCUAGCCAGUCUCCAGAUCUCAACCCCAUAGAAAAUCUUUGGAAGGAGUUGAAAGUCUGUGUUGCCCAGCAACAGCCCCAAAAUAUCACUGCUCUAGAGGAGGUCUGCAUGGAGGAAUGGGCCAAAAUACCAGCAACAGUGUGUGAAAACCUUGUGAAGACUUACAGAAAACGUUUGACCUCUGUCAUUGCCAACAAAGGGUAUAUAAAAGUAUUGAGAAACUUUUGUUAUUGACCAAAUACUUAUUUUUCCACCAUAAUUUGCAAAUAAAUUCAUUACAAAUCCUACAAUGUGAUUUUCUGGAUUUUUUUUCUUCUCAUUUUGUCUGUCAUAGUUGAAGUGUACCUAUGAUAAAUUACAGGACUCAUCUUUUUAAGUGGGAGAACUUGCACAAUUGGUGGCUGACUAAAUACUUUUUUGCCCCACUGUAUAUACAGGGUCAGUUCCAAUACCAUAUUAACAAUAUGCAGGAAUACUGGAGUGAGAGGUAGAUAUGUAUAGGGGUAAGGUGACUAGGCAUCGGGAUAUAUGAUAAACAGUGUAGCAGCAGCGUCAAUAAUGAUUGUAUGCGGGGGUGUGUGUGUGUGUGUGUACGUGACUGUAGAGUCCUGUGGGUGUGCAUAGAGUCUUGUGCAAAAAAAAUAAAAUACACAGGUCAACUCAAAGACCAUGUGGCCAUUUUGUUAGCUAUUUAACAGUCUUACGGCUUAGGGAUAGAAGCUGUUCAGGAACCUGUUGGUGUCAUACAAACAUACACUGAAUGAAAAAAUAUAAAGAGCAACAUGUAAAGUGGUGGUCCCAUGUUUUCACCAGCUGAAAUAAAAGAAUAUCCCAGAAAUGUUCCAAAUGAACAAAAUGCUUAUUUCUCAAAAAUGUUGUGAACAAAUUUGUUUUUACGUUCCUGUUCGUGAAUAUUUUAUCCUUUUGUCAAGAUAAUCCAUCCACCUGACAGGUGUGGCAUAUCAAGAAGCUGAUUUCAACCGCACAAUUAUUACACAGCAGCACCUUGUGCUGGGGACAAUAUAAGGCCACUCUAAAAUGGGCAGUUUUGUAACACAAUGCUACAGAUAUCAAGGUUUGAGGGAGCGUGCAAUUGGCAUGCUGACUGCAGGAAUGUCCACCAGAGCUGUUGCCAAAGAAUUGAAAGUCAAUUUCUCUACCAUAAGCCCCCUCCAACAUCAUCUUAGAGCAAUUGGAAGUAUGUCUAACCGGCCUCACAACGGCAGACCACGUGUAACCACGACCUCCACACCCAGCUUCAUCACCUGCGGCAUCAUUUCUGUCUGUAAUAAAGCCCUUUUGUGGGGAGGGGGAAUUCAUUCUGAUUGGCUGGCCUGGCUCCCCAGUGGGUGGGCCUGAUUGGCUGGCCUGGCUCCCCAGUGGGUGGGCCUAUGCUCUCCCAAGCCCACCCAUGUCUGCACCCCCACCCAGUGUCAUAUGAAAUCCAUAGAUUAGAGCCAAAGGAAUGUAUUUCAAUUGACUGAUUUCCUUAUAUGAACUGUAACUCAGUAAAAAUCUUUUAAAAUUGUUGUGUUUAUAUUUUUGUUCAGUAUGCAUACAAACAUUGCAUCAGUGUCAACCAUGAGUGGCAUGGUGAGGAGCCACACACGUGAGAUGCCACUGUUCUGUGUAAUAAUCAAUGAUGCUCUUGGUUGGAAUCUAACCGUCCCUUUGUCUCCUAUGUCUGCGUCACAAAUGGGACCCUAUACCCUAUAUAGUGCACUACUUUGGACCAGAGCCCUAUGGGCCCUGUUUAAAAGUUGUUGCACUAAACAGGGAAUAGGGUGUAAUUUGGGAUGCAAGCCAUAUUUGACUAGAAUAAGAGAAGGGGUGUGUGGGUCCCGUUGUGUUAGCUCUGUCUGUUGGUCUUUAUGUUUGAUCUAAUAAAUCUGAUUGUUACUGUAUGUUAGUCUUGUGUUUUACCAAUGCCAACACAUUCACUAAUCUCACCAGUGGAAUAACAAUGCUUCAAUCUCUGAGUCCUUAGUGGGGGGGGGGCUCCAGGUUGAAUUUUACCCUAUGCACCCUCGAUCUACUCCUUACAUUUCUCCUGUUCUCAUCUGUCACCAAUAAAACAUAUUCA